AUCGGCUUCAAUUUAUUUGGGACCUCCAUGCGAUCCGGAGCCAAAUGCGCUUGCUUCCGCUGCUCUGGGCAGUUUCCGCUGCGGCUCACCGCCCGCAAUACGCGAAGGUCAGCGGAGCCGAGACCUUGUGGCAGCGGCCAGAGGGCGAGGUCAAAGGCAUCCUGUUCAUCGCCCACGGCUGCAAGCACCAGGCCACAGACGUCUUCUCGGAGGUCACUGACGGCUGGAAGUUCGAGAGCUGCGCGCGCUCCAACUUUGGCCGAUGCCUGGCGCUCCCGGAGGAGGUGGAGAUGCGCAACUAUGCGCUGAGCCGCGGCUAUGUGGUCAUGGCAGUGUCGGGCGGAUCCGGCGUUCAGAGCUGCUGGUACGGCGAGCGGGAUGUGGACAAAGUGGUGGAGGCUGUGGCCCACGUGCGCCAGGCCGAGAACCUGGCCACUGCCCCGCUGCUGGCGAUGGGCGCCUCCUCUGGCGGAGCAUUCGUAGGACUACUCCCAGCAGCACAGGACUUGAAUUUGAAGUGCAUCGUGCCGGAGAUCAUGGACGUGCAGAGCGACCUCAAUGACAAGGUCCCCACAUUGUUCAUCCACAUGCCCAGGGACCAUCGCACUGCUCGAGGGGUCAAGGAGAACAUCCAGGACCUCCAGGACCGAAACGUGCGCGUCACCGAGCUCAGCGCCAAGCCUCGGCGAGUGACCUCGGAGUUCCUGCAGAAGUGCGUCACAGCCGAGCUGGCGAAGAAACUGCUGCGCUCCUUUGAGGAGGGGGGCGUCAUUGACAGCAGCGGGUAUUUGCAGGAGGAUCCCAGGGCGCGGGGCUGGGUGUCGGCGGCCAAGGAGCUGCUGCCGGAGGAGUUGGACUCCCUGGAGCCGGACGAGAGCUGCCUGGCGGAGCUGAUGAACGUCGCUUGGGCCUUUCACGAGUUCACCGCGGAGUUCGCGCCGCAAAUCAUCGACUUCUGCGAGGGCAAAGACAUCACGAGAGGACUUCCGACCGAUGGCUGGCAGACCUCGCUGGGAUCCAUGCAGGUUGAGGAGUAUGGGCGCAGCGGGCCGCUGGCGAUUGCCAUCCACGGCAUGGCCAAGAGCAUGGUGACUGAGUGGGACUUCACCGCCCAGCACCUGGCGGAGGAGGGCUACCACGUCCUCGUGCCCAACUUUCACUCCAACAAGGACACUAGGCCGGGCAAGAUCUCCGCGGACAGCGCGGCCGCGGUGCUGCUGGAUCUGAUGAAGCUCGUGGGCAGUUCCAAGAUCUCGCUGCUCAUGGGCAAGUCCUGGGGAGGCGGCAUGGCCUCCGCUCUGGUCAACAAACCCGAGCUGCAGGUGGAGAAGAUGGUGCUGGUGGCGCCUGCGAGCUUGCAGCCCUGGCCCGCAAGCUGCCGAGCAGCCCUCUUCUGGGCUGAGGAUGACGCAGUGGUGCCCAUCAAGAAUGCUGAAGCUCAGCCGGAGUUAUUGCAGAAGCUGAAGCUGUUCCACAAAGAGCGCACGGGCGGCCAUAGGAUCUUGGACACCUACUUGCCCGCGAUCAUGGAGUUCGCGGAGCCGCCGGCAUUGCUGGAGGUCACCGCCGAAGGAGAGACCAAAGAGCCUGCGCAUACCAGGAGCUCUCUCUACGAUCACAAGGCCCAGGGUAAACUUGCGCUUUGACAGAUCAUCCUCGGCCUGGUCCUGUGCGUGCUGGUGGCGGCCUUCCUCCUUCGUAAGCGGAAGAACGAGGAGCCCAAACGCAGCCCGCGCCCACAGAAGCUCGGCGCGGCGGAGUGAGGCC